GCCAGGCCUCCUGAGCAAGCAGAGGCUGCUGCGGCACCCUCGUGCCAGCCCCGGGUGCUCACGUGCCGGCUUGCUGUGGGUUGGUGGCAAUCCACCACAUCUAGGGACCCAGGGAUGAGUGGAUCCUGGAGGGGUCCCCUGUGCCUUCUUGCUACACAGCUGUCUUGCUUCUUCCUACCCUGUCCCCUCUGCACCCCGUGCUCCUUGCAUGUCUCCCCAUCCCCGGGUGCAACUGGGUGUGAGUCUUCGUGGCGCCUUUCCAGCCGCCUUGCUAGGCCCGGCCGGUGAGCGGGGAGCCCCGCAGUUCCCUUAGUGCGUCCUGCGGCCGCGAGAGAUGAAGGCCACCCCCGCAGGGCUCUGAUCUCCGGCGCGCCCAAGUCCCCUGCCGCGUGCCCCUCACCAUGACCGGCUCCGCCGCGGACACUCAUCGCUGCCCCCACCCCAAAGGCGCCAAAGGCACCCGGUCCCGGAGCAGCCACGCGCGGCCAGUAAGCCUCGCCACCAGCGGGGGCUCGGAGGAGGACGACAAAGACGGCGGGGUGCUGUUCCACGUGAACAAGAGUGGCUUCCCGAUCGACAGCCACACCUGGGAGCGUAUGUGGCUGCAUGUUGCCAAGGUCCACCCCAAAGGAGGAGAGAUGGUGGGCGCCAUCAGAAACGCUGCCUUCCUGGCUAAGCCUUCAAUUCCCCAGGUCCCAAACUACAGGCUGUCCAUGACGAUCCCAGACUGGCUCCAGGCCAUCCAGAAUUACAUGAAGACUCUACAAUACAAUCAUACAGGGACCCAGUUCUUUGAAAUCAGGAAAAUGAGACCUCUGAGCGGGUUAAUGGAAACAGCGAAAGAGAUGACCCGAGAAUCCUUGCCUAUCAAAUGCCUUGAGGCAGUCAUUCUGGGCAUAUAUUUAACCAAUGGUCAGCCUUCCAUCGAGCGGUUCCCCAUCAGCUUUAAAACCUAUUUCUCAGGAAACUACUUUCACCAUGUCGUGCUGGGGAUUUAUUGCAACGGUUACUAUGGCUCACUGGGCAUGAGCCGAAGGGCUGAGCUGAUGGACAAGCCGCUGACCUUUCGGACUCUGAGUGACCUUGUCUUCGACUUUGAAGACUCCUACAAAAAAUACCUGCACACAGUCAAGAAGGUCAAAAUCGGGCUGUACGUCCCCCAUGAGCCUCACAGCUUCCAACCCAUUGAGUGGAAGCAGCUGGUCCUCAAUGUCUCAAAGAUGCUGAGGGCUGACAUAAGGAAGGAGCUGGAGAAGUACGCCCGGGACUUGAGGAUGAAGAUCCUGAAACCUGCAAGUGCUCACUCUCCAACCCAAGUGAGAAGCCGAGGAAAAUCCCUGUCUCCCCGAAGGAGGCAAGCAAGCCCCCCAAGGAGGCUUGGCAGGCGAGACAAGUCUGUUGGGAGCGCCAGGAGAACCAAGGCGAGGACUCAUGGCCCAGUGGCAAAAGGAAUUGAAGAGAACCACACUAACUUUGGAGACAAGGUGGAAAUAACCAGGAGGAAGAGCCAAGGCAAUCGUCCACGCUGGCGCCUUCACCUGCACCCAAGGAAGACAGCUGUUAGACAAUUACGGUUGCCUGCUCUCCCCGAGAAGAAGGUGGCUGACCUCAGCACUCUGAAUGAAGUGGGCUAUCAAAUCCGGAUCUAGCCAAGCCAGGCUGGCGAGGUUUCUAUGGUGCUCUUUUCUGCACAUUACCCAGCAGCUUCAGGAGGACCUGCAAGUAUUCACGAAGAACUUGUGGAGUUUUGAUUUUGAAGGACUUACCUGGAAACAGAAUCUGAGUGGGUGGAAAUGGUGAGCUUUGAAACUCUCUGGCAGCGGGCAUGACUGGGCUGAUGUGACGGACAGGCCCCUGGGUUGACUGUCUCCCUCACUCAGGACCUCAAGGACAACACUGCAGUUUUCUAUUUUUCCAUGUGCGACUCUUCCACUUGCUUUGGACAUUAUGCCUCGGCUGUAGUAAACGUCUGGAGUUCUCUCCACUCUUUGUAACUCAGUCAGUGUUACCGUCUUCUCAGCAAUAACAAGCAAAGCUGGUGGGUUUUUUAAGCAGUUGAUAUUACCUCAACAUCUUGGCAUCAGAGAUGCAAUCUUAAUGAGUUUUUAUAUUCUAUUUGUAUUGUUUUCUUAGUGUUUCUUAUAGGGGUCUUGAUGGUUUGGAGGGUUUGUUGGUUUUUUUUUCUGGUGCACACAUGAGAUGUGAUUUAAGGUGUCAUAUGCAAAUGCUUUAGCAAAAAGCACUGAAAUUCUGGCAAUAAGGGACAACACUUUAGGAUCUUGGAGUCACUUUUCCUAAAGCAUCUACUGACGGCAGGUUUUCCUCUUUCAAACAAGUAUGCCAAGAGCUCUAGUCCAUGUUCUGUUGCUAACAUUUAAGCUUUUCUGAAUCCAGCAAAAAGCACAAGAGGCCAUGCACUCACGAAAAUGUCCUCAGGCAGAAAGGUGCUCAAAAAGGCAGACACUGGCGGCUAAUCUUUCAUUCACACUUGGUCAGCCUUGGUUCUGAGGGGUUUGUUGUUAAUGUGUUCUGCUGUCUUACAUUAAGGCAAAUGUGAUGAUGGAUUAUUUCCCACUAGCCUGUUUUUAGGCACCACUUCGUGACAUUAGGAAGUGCUGGGGAAAACCAUGAACUCAAGAAGCAGGCCUGUCUCAAAGGAACAGGUCCAGCACAGGGCUGUGCCCACUGCAGUGCAACUUCUGCUUGCAGACCACGAAGUUGGAGCUGAAGGCAUGCAAGACUGCUAUAAAUCUGGAGUACAGCUUUAAGUCAUUUAUCUUAGUGCUGCCCCUAUGCCAGAGGACCAGCUGAUCCACAGAGCUCUCAGCAUGUGUCCCUCUGAGACACCGUUAUGAGACCACUCACUGAGUCUUCACCAGGAAAACCUAGGGCCACAAGAGAGGCAAAAGCCGUGGCCACAAAAAUUCAUCCCACCCUAAAGCCAGCAUUAUUAAUGAAAAGUGUUGUUUUCUUGGAAAAGUUUAGUGUCCUUUAGAGAACAGGACCAGGAAAUUAAAACACAGUAUAAGCUUCAAAUUCUGAACGUAAACUGCUUUCUUCAGGAAUCCUGUUAUCAGAGUUCAAGAUGAGUUACUGGGCCUGGGUGAGUGCUCACAGGCUCUGCUCUGACCUCAGGACCCAAGGAAGCAGCUUUCUUCCAUGUGCCCUCACACGCCGACACACACCCCCCUCACCUGCUGUUGUACUUCCACUCUUGCUCAGCUGUUUCUCCCCUGAAACUGCUCCAUCCGGUACGUGGACUGAUCAGAAUUUGACGACCUGGCCUAGUGCUUGCAGCUGCCUUGUUCAAGGACAGCUCACACGAAAAGAAUGUCAAACAGCCAGUGGGAUAACCUUGACCCAUGGCAAGGCAAAGAACAGCACCCAGCUGUCCCUGAGUGUGACACUUGGUCACCUAAUCUCCUACAACCACUUUCUGAUUUUUAGAUUCAUUUUCCAAAUCAAGGUUAGUCACAGGAACAUUUAAAACGCUGUCAUUCAGUUUUACUGUCUGUAGUUAACUAACUUCUAAAAUGGAAGGAAGUCACAAACGCCUAAAUUCUAAUGCAACAGUUUAAUUAAAUAAUAAUAUGGCAAAAACAAACCCAGUGUGUUUUGCCUCUCCUCAGCCUAGCUGUGAUUUAAGAAGAUAAAGAGAAGUGUGAGGUGACUGGAGCAAGUUUAUCCUCUGCACAGGGGCCAGAUGUGCAGAGCUGGAGGACAAGCCUCAAGCUGACUGUUGACUCUGAAAGGGGAUCCCAGGUGUUUUCUGUACCCUGGAAUCAUGAGUGUAUCCCUGUUUCUGAGUCAGCUGUUUCACAGGGCAGCCUCAGCAGACGUGAGCAAAGGCUCUGCAGCCCUUCAGCUGACUACACAAGGUUUCCUUUCGUAUGCUAGACUUGUAUGUACGACCUUGUACAGUUUUUGACAUACAAUUCAGACUCUUGUUUAUUCUUUGUUCUGGCCAAUACAUUUUUAAAAAAUAUUUCAGAAGAACCGUGAUUGUUUUAGUGAGUAUUUUUCUAAGUCCACGAAGAUUUGAUCGUAUUCUAAGAUCACCAGGAGUGCAUGUUUCAUUCAGGCUUGCAUUUCUCUCACCAUAUGUUGGACACAGCAUGGAACUGUAAUAAAAACCAUUCUGGAAACUGAA